AUGCGCGCUCAGAUUCGCAAGGAGCGCGAGCAACAGCGCCACGUCGGCGCCGGCCCCAACCCCGCCACCACCCACGCUGGCAGAGACGUCGACCAACACGCUCGCAAGUCGAGCUCGGCCUCGGCCAAUACCUCCGUCCAGCUGUCCGCCAGCAUUUCGGAUCAAAAGAUCACUCAGUACUCCAGCGAUCCUACCACCGACGACCAAGCCGCCGAAAGGAAGUCCUACCUCCGUGUCAUGGCCCCUUCGAGCUUCGCCAUGAGCUCCGACAACAUCUCCAACAUGUCGAACGCCUCGAGCCAGAUCUCGUCCUCCUCCUCUCAAGGUGUCGUAAGGAAGCGCAGCCAGACUUUGUCCACACAGCAGCAGCAGUCGCAGCAGCAGCCACAGCAGCCCGUCCAAACGCAGCCUCAUGUCCAGUCCCAUCAGCCACAAUCCCAAAUGCACCAGCUCCAGCACCAAUUCCAGCAUCAGCUCCAGCUUCAGCAUCAGCAGCCACUUCGCCACGACACACGCUACACCUUCCAAGAAGAUCUCCUGCCUCGCAUCAGUUCGCCACUCCUCGAGGAAGAGCAACAGAUCGGUAUCGACGCCCUGCAGGACGCCUUCCAGGCCAAGUACUACGAGCUUGCCGCCAAGUGCAAGGGUUGGGAGAAGUACUCGGCGAAGCUCAAGGCUCACCUCGGCGCUCUCGAGGCCGAGAACCGGCUCAUCAAGGAGCAAAACUCUCAACUCGAGGCCGAAAAUGCCGAACUCCGUGCUGUGGUGCUUCAAGAAGCAAAGACGAGGACCAGGCUUGAGGGGCGUAUGAACACGCUCGAGGACUGUCUCUCCCAGCGAAGCUUGUCCGGCGGAAAUCUCAACGCCCAGUAUCGCGCCGUCGACGUCGUCGACUACGAUCAUCUCUCGGUGCCAUCGGCGCCUUCCUCGGCAGAGAGGAACACCGAGGCCGCACCGGCGCCUCGUCACACGCCCUACUGCUCCUCCAACCUCCAGUUCGAGGACCGCUCCGAGCUUCGUCCAUCCGCCUCCACCCACCCCAAUGCCUUCUCCAUGGUUCAGACAGUCACAACGACGCAGCAUCUGGAGCCCGAUCUCGGCGCGCAGAUUGCCGCAUCCAACCGCGACUUCUCGCUCGAGGCCGCGAGGAGCAGCAUGGACACCACUCGUUCCAUCGCUGGUUCGCAGAGCCCGAUGCCAGAGCACGUUGCUGGCGCAGGCGCCUUUGACGGGCCUGCCAGAGUCGCUGCAGAGGGUCGAAGCUCUCGACUUGGCACUCGCUCCGACGUGCCCGAGAAGCGCCCCGCGCAUCAGCGAUCCGGCACCGUCGGUGCUUUGGGCAUGGUCGGCCCGCGCGCUGGCACCGUCCUGGGCGACUACCGAGGCACUCACGCCUUGACGUCGCAGGCGCUGGCUCACCAAGAUGCCGCCGAGUCGAUCGCACGUCCUGCGUCGGCUCAGCGUUUCCACGGCACCUACCUCGAAAGCAACAUCGCCACCACGGCCGCGAGCAUCGUGGCCAGCACCGGCGUGACCAAGGCAGCGCUGCAGAGCAAGCGUCGCAGCACCGUCUCGGGCGACCGUGCUUCGAGCCUCAGCCUGGCGCAGAUCGUAAAGGGCGCCCUCACCGCCUCGGGCGUCGUGGCUAGAUCCUCGUCCACCACCUUGAGCCGCCAAUCAAGCCCGAACGACAAGCCCCAGUCCAGCAGCGACUACCUCCAAGAGUGCGUCGAGAAGCGACGCGAGGCCAUGCGGUCCUCGUUCAAUGCGCAGCAAAAGACCAUGACGCCGAUCGGCUGCCAGACGGUGCCCUCGCGGCCCGCGUCUCGUGCCGCCUCUCGCCUCAGCACCCAGUCGGGCACUCGCACGCGCAGCCGGGCUGGAAGCGUGCACGACGCCAUUCCCGUUGCAGUCGAGGACAUCUUCUGCAACCAAAAGACGGUCAAGGCGCACUCGAACGAGACCUCGCCCGAGUUGCUCACCGAGCAGCUCGCUGCGGCCGGCCUGAACGUCCAUGCCGACAUCACCGCCGCUUCGCAGCGACUGAUGGCUGCGACGGAGGGCCAAUCGGUGCGACUGAUGGCACGCGAAGAGCUGAGCACCGCGUCGAGCCCUAGCUCGCUCGUCUCGGCCUCGCCCGCACUCGAGGCGGAAGAGGGCAUCUCGUUUGAGCGCAAGCUGUACAUGCGCUUCCAGCAGGAGCUCAACGGCGAGGAGUUCCAGAAGUUCGAGCGGUGCAUCCAGCGCUACGACUUUUUGGACAUUCCGCUCGAGGGCAGCAAGGGCCUCAUCACGCGCGUCAAGCGGCUCUUGCUCGUCUCGGAUCCCGACCUGCGUUCGAAGCCGGACAAGCUCAAGGUGCGCCAGCAGCUCGCGCGCGACUUUGAGAAGAUGGCCAAGAACUUCAGCCAGGCUCAGAGCACGCAGCCUUGA